UUCAUCUUAUAUUCUUCUAAUUAAUUAAUUCGUGUCAGAAAGAAAAAAGAGAUCGAUCGAGAUGGAUGUGGCAGCGGUGGGAAUAUCAACAUUCGGUGCUCCUGCGGUGGCGGUUGCCGGUGGUGUAUCUUUCUUGGCUCUUAAAACUUUUCUUUCUCGACAACAACAACAAGGUGGUGGUAGUGGUAAUCCUAAUCAUCUCCCUUCCAUUCCUGAGGUACCGGGAGUGCCAUUGUUAGGGAAUCUGCUUGAAUUGAAGGAGAAGAAACCAUACAAGACCUUCUCAAAAUGGGCAGAAACUUAUGGUCCUAUUUACUCCAUCAAAGCUGGAGCCACUUCCAUGGUGGUUGUGAACUCCAAUGAUCUUGCUAAAGAGGCAUUUGUAACCAGAUUUGACUCCAUUUCAACAAGAAAGCUUUCAAAGGCUUUAAAGAUCCUCUCAGCUGAUAAAACUAUGGUUGCAAUGAGUGAUUAUGAUGACUAUCACAAGACUGUCAAGAAAAACAUACUCACGAGUAUGCUAGGACCAGCUGCUCGGAAAAAACACCGAGACCUUAGAGACAUCAUGGCGGAGAAUCUAUCAAGCCAACUUCAUGCCUUGGCUCCAAAUUCUUCUCGAGAAGCAAUAAACCUCAGGCAGAUUUUCCAGUCUGAACUUUUUUCGUUAGCCAUGAAACAAACACUUGGGAACGAUAUUGAAAACAUUUACGUGGAUGAUCUUGGUACCACCAUGACCAGGGAAGAGGUAUUUCAGGUUUUGGUGCUUGACCCGAUGAUGGGUGCCAUUGAAGUUGACUGGAGAGACUUCUUUCCCUCUCUCAGCUGGAUCCCCAACGCCAGCUUCGAGAACAAGAUUAAUCAAAUGUAUAUCCGAAGAGAGGCUGUGAUGAAGACUCUAAUUCAAGAACAAAAGAAACGGAUAGAGUCUGGGGAGAACCUAAACACCUACAUUGAUUACCUGCUGUCGGAAGCACAACCAUUAACUGAGAAACAACUGCUGAUGUCACUCUGGGAACCGAUUAUCGAAACAUCAGACACCACUAUGGUCACCACAGAAUGGGCAAUGUAUGAACUUGCGAAAAACCCACAGAGGCAGGCUCGCCUUUAUGAAGAAAUACAAAGUGUUUGCGGAUCUGAAAAGAUCACAGAGGAGAAGUUGUGCAAGAUGCCAUACUUAUCGGCUGUUUUCCAUGAAACAUUGAGAAGGCAUAGUCCUGUUUCGAUAAUCCCCCUAAGAUACGUGCACGAGAACACAGAGCUCGGAGGGUACCAUGUUCCUGCUGGGACCGAGCUUGUGAUAAAUAUAUAUGGAUGUAACAUGGAGAAGGAAAUCUGGGAGGACCCUGAAGAAUGGAACCCGGAGAGAUUUCUUGCAGAGAAUGAACCAAUAGAUCUCCAAAGAACAAUGGCAUUUGGAGGGGGGAAAAGAGUGUGUGCUGGGGCUAUGCAGGCAAUGUUGCUUGCUUGUGUGGGGAUUGGGCGAAUGGUGCAGGAGUUUGAAUGGACGCUUAAAGAUGGCGAGAAAGAAGAUGUCAAUACGCUUGGGCUAACGACCCAAAAGCUUAAUCCAAUGCUUGCUAUUAUAAAACCGAGAAACUAACAUUAUGGUAGCUUCAAAUAUCAAAUAUAUUAUCCCUCUUACUGUAUCAGUUUGUCGUUUCAUUACUAAAAAGGGAUAUGAAUAAAUGAUUAAACGUAUUGCGCUCGACUGAAAA